UGAUGGCUGGAGAGGACGGGUCUUCGGGGUGUUGAGCCCCCACCACAGGGAGGGCAGCGGCUUCCUAUGGGUUUAAGGUGCUUCAUUUCCUGUACAGGCAGCUGAUCCAGGAAAGAGUGGGGCUGGGGUGGGGCAGAGGCUGUGGGGAGGGACGAGGGAGGAGCUUGGAGCCAGCCGGGACAUCCCAGCUCUGGACUGAAAAGCUGAGUGUCAGUCCUUCGGCCACUGCCUGUCACACCUGGUUCCCGGGGACUCUCCGCCUCAUGGCUCUGGCAAGACAGGUAGGAGCUGGGCUCCACUCUGACCCCUGGCCCUCCCCGCCCCCCGAGGCCUGGCUGCUGCUGUUCCCUAGCAGGGCUGUGGGCUUCUUGGCCCCGGUGGUGCGCAGAGGCAGGCGUUGGGCCGGGGAGUGUCCUGAGUCCCCCCCGGCCCAGGGAGAGGCUGCGGGCAGAGCUCCUGGCUCCGGGGACGUGGGCCGGCAGCUCGGCCGGGGCCCCGGAGGAAGUGGCUGCCCCAGUGCUCUCUGACUCAGUUGCUUGGGGUGGGAGCCCCGGGCUGACACUGCUAUUAGCUGAGCUUCCCUGGCCCUUGGACUCCAUCAUCAUCAGGCUCUCUCUGCGGCAGGGCUGGCGGCACAGGCUUUCCCCGCCUUGUCAGCCUGCCCGGCCCCAUCCCAGGCCCAGGGGGAUGGGCUCAGAGGGAGCUGCCGAGGACCAUUGUCAGCCGGCCUUGUGGGGCCUGGAGGACUUGACCACCUGCGGGUGGUCUGACCUGGCCAAGGUGCCCGAGACGUGCCUGCUCACCAUUCGCGUCCUAGGGGCCCGCGGCCUGCCCUCCAGGGACCUAGUGACCGCCUCGGACUGCUAUGUGACGCUGUGGCUGCCCACGGCCUCCAGCCACCGGCUGCAGACACGCACCGUGAACAACAGCAGAAACCCCGUCUGGAACCAGAGCUUUCGCUUCCGCAUCCACAGGCAGCUCAAGAAUGUCGUGCAUCUGCAGGUGUUCGACCAGGACCUUUGGACCAGCGACGACGCGGUGCUGUCCGUGCUGUACGACGUGGGGGCCCUGCGAGUCGGGGAGUCCCGCCACGAAAGCUUCCUCCGGAGCCCGCAGGGGGAGGAGCGGCUGGAGGUUGAAUUUCGGCUGCAGGGUCUGACCGACUGUGCCGAGCAGCUGGUCAGCAAUGGCAUCCUGGUGGCCCGGGAGGUCUCCCGCCUGCACGUUCGCCUGGAGGCGGCUGGGGACCAGACGGGGUCAGAGGGCAGAGUGCAGCUCGUGGUUCCGGGGGCCCAUGAGGGUCCACAGGAGGCCUCGGUGGGCACUGCCUCCUGCUUCCACUGCCUGCCCUGCUGGGAGCCGGAGCUGAGCGUCCGCCUGCAGGACGCCCCCCAGGAGCAGCUGAAGGUGCCCCUGCGGGCCCUGCCCUCUGGCCAGGCGCUGAGACUCGUCUUCCCCACGUCCCAGGAGCCUCUGAUGAGGGUGGAGCUGAAGAAAGAAGAAGGGCCCAAGGAGCUGGCCGUGCGGCUGGGCUGCGGGCCCUGCGCCGAGGAGCGCGCCUUCCUGAGCCGGCGGAAGGCAGUGGUGGCCGAGGCCCUGAAGCGGGCGCUGCAGCUGGACGCAGACCUGCGGGAGGACGAGGUCCCGGUGGUCGCUGUGAUGGCCACUGGCGGUGGGAUCCGGGCGAUGACCUCCCUGCACGGGCAGCUGGCCGGCCUGCAGGAGCUGGGCCUCCUGGAUUGCGUCUCCUACAUCACAGGAGCCUCGGGGUCCACCUGGGCUCUGGCCAACCUCUACGAGGACCCGGAGUGGUCCCAGAAGGACCUGGCGGGGCCCACGGAGCUGCUGCGGGCCCAGGUGACCAGGAGCAAGCUGGGCGCGCUGGCCCCCGGGCAGCUGCAGCGCUACCGGCGGGAGCUGGCCGCGCGGGCCCGGCUGGGCCACCCGCCCUGCUUCACCGACCUGUGGGCCCUCGUCAACGAGGCGCUGCUGCACGGCGAGCCCCACGACCACAAACUCUCAGACCAGCGGGAAGCCCUGGCCCGCGGCCAGAACCCUCUGCCCAUCUACUGUGCCCUCAACACCAAGGGGAGGAGCCUGACCACCUUUGAGUUUGGAGAGUGGUGCGAGUUCUCCCCCUACGAGGUCGGCUUCCCCAAGUACGGCGCCUCCGUCCCCUCCGAGCUCUUCGGCUCCGAGUUCUUCAUGGGGCGCCUGGUAAAGCAGCUCCCCGAGUCUCGCAUCUGCUUCCUGGAAGGUAUCUGGAGCAACCUGUAUGCCGCCAACCUCCAGGACAGCUUGUACUGGUCCUCGGAGCCCGGCCAGUUCUGGGACCGCUGGGCACAGGACCAGGCCAGCCUGGACCGGGAGCAGGUCCCCGUCCUGAAGAUCGAGGAGCCGCCCUCGGUGGCCGGCAGGAUAGCCGAGUUCUUCACCGACCUCCUCACCCGGCGCCCGCUGCCCCAGGCCUCCCACAACUUCCUGCGCGGCCUCCAUUUCCACCGGGACUACUUCCAGCACCCUCACUUCUCCAGCUGGAAAGCCACCAAACUGGACGGGCACCCCAACCAGCUGACCCCUGCCGAGCCCCACCUGUGCCUGCUGGAUGUCGGCUACUUUAUCAACACCAGCUGCCCGCCCCUCCUGCGGCCCACACGGGACGUGGACCUCAUCCUGUCGCUGGAUUACAACCUCCACGGGGCCUUUCAGCAGCUGCAGCUCCUCGGCCGGUUCUGCCAGGAGCAGGGCAUCCCGUUCCCGCCCAUCGCGCCCAGCCCCGAGGAGCAGCGGCGGCCGGCGGAGUGCCGCCUGUUCCUGGACCCCGCCCGCCCCGAGGCGCCCGCCGUGCUGCACUUCCCGCUGGUCAACGGCUCCUUCCGGGAGCACUCGGCCCCUGGGCUCCGCCGGACCGCCGAGGAGGAGGAGGCCGGGGCGGUGAACCUGUCUGCGGCCAACUCCCCGUACCACUACUCGAAGGUGACCUACAGCCCGGAGGACGCGGACAAGCUGCUCCGGCUGACGCGGUACAACAUCCUCAACAACCGGGAGGCGCUGCUGGCGGCCCUGCGGGAGGCCGUGCGGCGCAGGCGGCGGCCCCAGUGACGCGGCGCCCGCCCCCGCCCUCAGCGCUCCCCUGCCUGCCGCUGGCCAAGCUGGGCAGAGGCCGUCAGCGCCCGGCGUUCCAGAGCCUCUGGGGCGCGGAGGGCCCCAUCCCCCUGAGGAGCCCCCACGGCGUGCUCCCAGCAGCACCCACAUGGGCACUGAGCCGCCAGACACCCCCCGGAGGCCGAGCCUUCUGGAAGGGGAGAGUCUGUCAGCCGGGGUGGAGCUGGGGAGCCGAGCGGCACUGACCAGGUCGGUGUGAGGGCCAGAGCCCGUGGCCUUGUCUGUUCUGUUCUCCCUUCCUCGUCGCCUGGAGUAGGCGCACAGUGUAAAACAGAGCGCUUUCUCUGCCACAGAGGCUCCUGCUCAGGCGGGGCAUCACCGAGAUCCUGUCAUUGCUGCCGAGAAGGGGCCUGUUAUUGCAGGCUCUGGGUGACACAGGGCAACGCCUGGUUUAAGAAACAGGGUGCUCUCCUGGUUGGUGGGCUCAGUGGUUACAGCGUCAGCCCUCACAUUGAAGGUUUGAUUUCUAGUCAAGGGCGUGUAUCUGGUGGCAGGCUCGAUCCCUGGCCCUGGGCAGGGUGUGGGUGGGAGGCCACC